GCACAUCAAUUACAAUCGAAGUCCCCAACUCUCCGUCUCCUUCAACCUCAUCACCAUCUUCCGUCGCAAGGAGUGCAGCGCCGAUAGAUAUCGACGAUUCGUUUCAGAUCCCUCCCCGCCGUCGUGUUUAGCCCCGUGCUUCGUCUGUUUCGGCAUCGAUCGCACGUUAGUGGAGGCGAUCUGGAGAAAGCAUGGUUGGUGACGAUGUCUCAUUAGAAGGAUUGGAGCAAGAGCUCGAAGAUUGCAAAGCUGACGAGUUAGUUGCCAACAUACUGUCCAAAGGAACGAAAUCGCGAGACUAUACGAAGGAUGUGGAGAACAAUUUACGGCAAUCUGAACUCGAAUCCAUUGAGGAUUACAUUAAAGAAAGUGACAAUUUAGUUUCUCUUCAUGAUCAAAUUCAUGAUUGUGACAUCAUCCUAUCGCAAAUGGAAAAGGUUCUCAGUGGAUUUCAGGCUGAAAUUGGUUCAAUAAGCUCAGAUAUUAAGAUUCUUCAAGAGAAAUCUAUGGACAUGGGGCUUAAGCUCAAGAAUCGAAAGGCAGCUGAAUCAAAAUUAGCAAAAUUUGUUGAGGACAUCAUUGUCCCACCAAGGAUGAUAGAUGUUAUCGUUGAUGGAGAGGUGAAUGAGGAGUAUAUGAGAACCCUUGAGAUUCUAAGUAAAAAGAUAAAGUUUAUUGAAUCUGAUGCAAUGGUGAAGACUUCUAAAGCUCUAAAUGAUGUUCAACCGGAACUAGAAAAGCUUCGUCAAAAAGCAGUUUCAAAGGUAUUCGACUUCAUCCUUCAGAAACUAAUAGCAUUAAGGAAACCCAAGACAAAUGUUCAAAUCCUUCAACAAAGCGUUCUUCUGAAAUACAAAUAUGUAAUUUCAUUUCUUAAGGAGCAUGGUAAGGAAGUGUAUCUUGAGGUUCGAUCUGCAUAUAUUGACACCAUGAAUAAGGUUUUAAGCACCAAAAUUCGGGCUUACAUUCAGGCCCUGGAGAAGCUGCAACUUGAUAUAGCAACAUCUAGUGAUUUGAUUGGUGUUGACACCAGAAGCACUAGUCUUUUCUCAAGAGGAAGAGAGCCUUUGAAAAAUCGUUCUGCUGUUUUUGCUUUGGGUGAAAGGAUAAACAUUCUGAAGGAAAUUGAUGAACCUGCUUUGAUUCCACAUAUUGCUGAAGCCAGCUCCAGGAAGUACCCUUACGAAGUCCUGUUCAGGAGCUUGCACAAACUGCUUAUGGACACUGCGGCUUCUGAAUAUCUUUUUUGUGAUGAAUUCUUUGCAGAACAAUCUAUGUUUUACGACAUAUUCGCAGGUCCCUUUUCAGUAAUUGAUGAGCACUUAAAUACGGUGCUUGCAAAUUGUUUUGAUGCCAUUGGUCUGAUGCUCAUGAUACGCAUUAUAUACCAGCACCAGCUUAUUAUGUCUCGACGGCGAAUACCAUGUCUAGAUUCUUACUUGGAUAAGGUCAACAUUUCUUUAUGGCCAAGAUUUAAGAUGGUAUUUGACAUGCACCUCAACAGCCUAAGAAAUGCCAAUGUCAGGACUUUGUGGGAAGAUGAUGUACAUCCGCAUUAUGUCAUGAGGCGCUACGCCGAAUUUACAGCUUCAUUAAUUCACCUUAAUGUUGAUUAUGGAGAUGGCCAGCUUGAACUCAACCUGGAAAGAUUGCGAAUGGCUGUAGAUGAUUUGCUUGUCAAGCUUGCCAAACUCUUUCAGAAACCAAAGCUGCAGACUGUUUUUUUGAUAAAUAACUAUGACAUGACAAUUGCAGUAUUGAAGGAAGCUGGUGCCGAAGGGGGAAAAAUUCAUAUGCACUUUGAAGAGUUGCUGAAGAACAAUACAUCAGUCUACGUGGAGGAACUACUGAAAGAACACUUCAGUGAUCUGAUCAAGUUUGUGAAGAUGAGAGCUUCCGAGGACUCGGCUUCUGGUUCAGAGCGCCCAAUUACUGUGAGCGAAGUUGAGCCUAUUGUCAAGGACUUUGCAAGCAGAUGGAAAGCUGCGAUCGAGCUGAUGCACAAUGAUGUCAUAACUUCGUUCAGCAACUUCCUAUGUGGUAUGGAAAUUCUAAGAGCCGCUCUCACUCAGCUAUUGCUUUAUUACACUAGGCUUUCGGAUUGCAUGAAGAAAAUUGCCGGCGGAUCUGCCUUGAACAAGGAUUUGGUUUCGAUAUCUUCGAUCAUGUACGAAAUUAGAAAGUAUUCGAGGACCUUCUGAUGGAUGGCUACUUUGUUGCUUACUACAUUGGGGUGUAUUGUAUUCCAAGAUUAUUGAGGUAAUUUCCCUUUAGAUUGAAUUUUGUUAAGAUGCAUUCUUUAAUUUUAAGUGUCUUUCUAUAUAUACCUUAAGACUUAUUGUCAA